CGCUUUUACUGCUUUGCGGAGCCGUCUUUUUCGACAGAGGUUCGAAUGGCACGGCUGUUUCGUCAAGAGCUUCAUUGAGCGCGCACGUUGCAAAAUUAAAGCACGCUACGGCUGUCCAAGUUCCAACUUAUUAUGAACGACCCUGAUAUUGUGAACGACCGUCUAGCAAAGAUAGUGAGUUUGUUCACCAUGGAUGGCGCCGAUGACGAGUUUAUCAUCGAAGGGACAGGACAAGUCGUUAUUCCGGCGUCCGUGAACGCGGCUGUGUUUGAGGAGACAAUUUUGAGGGGUGAGAAAGGGUGGUCGUCUGUAAUUACAGGAUUAGUUCUGCUUUUAGGUUCUGUUUCGGUUCUUGCUGGACUAGCGGUAAAUCGAUCAAAGAAGGCCACUCCAGCUCCGGGAGAAGAGUCAUACUCGACACAUGAGGGAUCUGAAUCUAUGACAAGCUUCGCAAAUCCUCGUCGUACGGCGGCUUCCCCUUCAUAUGGCCCCGACGGCCUUCGCGUCCCUACAACGCAAGAGGGUGAGCGACCCAUCACUCCUGCUCUCGUUGUUGACAAACAAAAUGCUUCUGAUCUGUCACAUUCAUCGCAGCGUCUUUGUAGCCGAAUGGUCGAGUUCGAAAAGUUAUACUCGAUAAAUAAUACUUCACAGAGAAACCAAGAUGUGUUUGAGCAAACGCGAAAACUAGCACGGGAUGCAAAACUCAUCAGAGCAGCCAUGCAUAAGGAAGGUCUAUCAACAAAUGACAAUGACGCCCUCACAGUUGCGACCCUCCGCCACACUACAGAAAUGAUUAUCCAAUCUAGGCGGCAUGACGAAUCACAAUGGUAUUACUACGAUAGCCAACAGAGGCUUGUGGAUAGAGAAAUUGGACAACGUCGUCACCAAGAAAAGAUGUCAGCCAUCCAACAAGACAAACUUGGGCUUGCCAAGCUGAUGAAUGCACGAAAUUCAGCUUUGCAAACGGUCUCGAUGUCGGCCAAAAUCGGGCUAGGUACGAUUGUCCUAAUCAAACCUUUUUUCAUAUUUUACCGAUUUUUGGUUGACAGCAAGGACUACCCGGUUUCCGGAUGGGUACAUCUCGCGGUGCAAUUGGUAAAUGCCGGUGCGAGUACCGUGUUUAUGUUUCAAGAUCAGUGCCCACUCAUCAAGUGCCUUUCUCUCCAGAUGUGUUCAACGGCAUGCUCGGCAACGGAAGAUAGAGUCAGUACAGGAGCGCUCUACACUUUCUACUCGCUGCUUCCCUCUAUCAGCGUCGGAGCAAGCACAAGUUGGACAUGGGCGUGUCUUGCACAAAUUUUUGGGUUCCUGGUCAGUUUGACGGUGCUCAACAUGACAUUUAGUCUGUUCAAGUUCCUGCCCCCAUUUAUUCAUAGUAUCAUAUCUACGGGGGCGUUCGCGAUAGUGCUUUCGAGGUUGUUGGUAGAAAACAUCUCUUGGACUUUGGUUGCACUUCAAGUAACAAUCACGAGUACCUAUGCCUGUUUUUUGCAAUACCAAUUCUGGAGGUAUCGGCGCGCCAGGUUGGAAGACGGGUUCCGUACCGUACAGUCGGUGGAUGCUGUUGUUGCUAGAUUUGAAGAUUGGGCCUUUUGUGCCUUGUGGACACCAGUCAUAGUUUUGGCGUGUGGAAUGGGCCAGCUUGCCGUCGAAAGCGGGCAGCUAGCCAUUUCUAUACCUGCACUACGGUUAUAG